AUUACCGGAAUUUGCAUCAUUAACAUUCGUGUCUUCCUGCGCAGUUAUGCUGAUGACAUCCUUCAAGGGACUCAUAAAAUCAUUCUUUACUUUUUCAAUGCUCCAGUUUCAAUUCAAUUGCUCCUUAUGAUCUCAAUCUUGAAGAGAGUAACACUCUGCAAGCUGAUGGAUCCCACAACUUGUGUUGCAGCAUCAAGUAGACUAUCGACCUUGGCGCAACAGCUGCGUCUCUACAAGGCUCCACCUUCUUCUUACGAUGAAAUCGAGGAGCAACGCGUGCAAGAAAAUGCAGGGAAAAUUGUUUCUCAACUUGGGUUUCAGGAAUCUGUAACUCCGAUCGCCCAACGCCUAGAAAAGUUUAGACCCAAGAGAGCUGCUGUUUUGAUCUGUCUUUUCGAAGGAGAUGCUGGGGAUUUGCGUGUGAUACUGACAAAGAGGUCAUCCGGAUUGUCGACUCACUCGGGAGAGGUUUCCUUGCCAGGUGGAAAAGCUGAGGAGGGUGAUAAGGAUGAUGGAGAGACCGCGACAAGAGAGGCAAAGGAGGAGAUUGGAUUGGAUCCCUCACUUGUCAAUGUCAUUACUGUGCUUGAACCAUUUCUGUCUAAGCAUCUCCUGAGAGUCGUCCCUGUAAUAGGCAUAUUAAGUGACAAGAGUGCAUUCAGGCCAUCCCCAAAUCCUGCUGAAGUAGAAGCAGUCUUCGAUGCACCCUUGGAAAUGUUUAUUAAGGAUGAAAACAGGAGCUCAGAGGAGAGAGAGUGGAUGGGAGAAAAGUAUCUCAUUCACUUCUUUGACUAUGAAACAGAGAAUAAGAAGUAUUUGAUAUGGGGCUUAACUGCUGGAAUUUUAAUUAGGGCAGCAUCAGUGGUUUACCAGCGGCCGCCUGACUUCGUGGAGCAGAAUCCAAAGUUCAAGUUCCCUACAGUUGUAAGCAAAGAUACUGUUAUACCUUGAAUUUUUUUUAUCUAUUAUUUGGGAUUAAUCUUCUGAAUUAGACUCAACUCUUCAAUACCUGUAAAAAUAAUGUAACCUAUUCAAAUAUAUAAAAUGUCAUAAACUAAAAAGCCAGAUAAUCUCAGUCUUAAAGGGAGACAUCUAGCUUUAAGUUUCAACGAAUUUUUCGCUGAAAAAAAAAUUGCAAGUAAAUCAUUGGUAGCUGUCUACUUCACCAGGUCAGCCCCUCUAUUAUAUAAUGA